AUGGAGUCCAACAGUGCCGGCAGCGUACAGUACGACCGCUGGAACGAGGACAAUAUCAACAUGAACGUGGAGGCCUCCCAGUCGACUUGGAGGAGGCUCUACAGCAGAGUCUGUGUGGGGAACACCGGAACCGUGGUGAAAGCAGCAGGAGCUGGAGCUGCGCUGGUGUCCGUUUACAUCAUCGGAUACGUGACGGGCUACUACAUACAUAGGUGCUCAUAG